UUUUUUUCGUUUAACAUAUUUUUAUCUUUAGAAACUUGUAUUUUCUCUCUUAACAUUAUAGGGCAUGUUUUGUUGUGUUUCAAUUUUUAUUUCAACUUAAUGACGUACAAUUGCUCCAAUUGUGGGGAGAACUGCUGCGCAGUAUAUGAAUAUCUUCUUGACGAAGCUCAACGUCGUGCUGAAGGUAUUGAAGAGGAUUCUCUAAAAGAGGCUAAGAAGCUAAAGCCCGGUGAUGUUGAUCCAACACCAGAAACUAAACCGGCUAGGCCUGAUCCUAUUGAUAUGGAUGAAGAUGGUAUCUAAUUUUGGUUUUAUUUUGUAUUUUUCCUAAUGUGUCCUUAUCUAAAUUUCCGGACAUUUACUUGGAUUUGAGUUCUGAUUUUCUACCUUAUGCCCCCUUCCAUACCUCAAUACUUUUUGUUUAUACCAUCAAAUUCGUUUUUGAGGACGAUUGCCCGCCGAAAUUUUCUCUAAUUUUAACACCAACUU